AUGUCUAACUUGUUGAAGGGAGUGUCGAGCCUCAAGGUGAAGGAGGUUCCCGGCUUCGUCUCCAAGUAUGCCGGCGAGAACCUGACCAAGAACAAGGUCGAGGGACGGCUGACGAGCUGGUACCACCGGUACAAGAAGGAGCACAUUGACACCGGCAGCUUCAAGCCCUUCCAGGACCUGGUGGUGGGCGUCUUCCUCUUCUCCUACGUCAUCUCCUGGCCCAAGGAGUACGCGCACUACAAGCACGAGCAGGAGGCCAAGCUGGCCGGCGGCGCCGCGCACUAG